AUGCCAAAAUGUCUGUACUUUAUCAAACUUGUGAGUAGGCUGCUGGACACACAAAUACAGUCUAGUUUACAGCGGUAACUUCCUUAAUAUUUGACGUCAGAAUCAAGCGCGUUGAGCGUUUGUGUGUGUUUGUGUGUGUGUUUGGUGGGAGGGGACGGAUGACUGCUAUUGCGCAUGUGUGGUUCGUGGGAGCUGCAGCGGUUGAGCACUGGUCUGGGGAAACCGAGUUGCUAGAGCCACGGCUAGAGAGAUGGCGCGGGACCCGACCGGAGAGCGAGGACUGCUUAUAGGCGGCGGGGGGGCUUGACUUGAAAUAGAAAAAAUAGAAAAAUAGAAAAGAAAAGAAGAAAGGAAAAAAUGAGUUUAAAAAAAACGUACUAAACGACAUCGAGGUUAUGAAAGAAGACCAAGCGGAGGGACAGAAAACAACGAAUCUUAAGACAUUUUACAAACAAAUAACACAACAAAAGGAAAUUGAACUUUUCUUGACGUGCGGACUUCUCAACUCCAGUCAACCGCGCUAGGUAAGAUAGAUGGUUUGGUCACAGCGGUGCCCGGAUCAUGAACGCCCAGCUGUCGAUGGAGCAUAUUGGGGACCUGCACGGAGUGAGUCAUGAGUCAGUGACCGGUACUGGAGAGCUGCUGAGCGGCCACAGCCCGCAUACCCGCCCGGGCCCCCGAGGCCUGUCCCAUCGCGCUAUGGGCAUGGCGACACUGCUGGAUGGCGGAGACUAUCACCCCGGUCACCCCGGUCACCCCGGUCAUCCCGGCCAUCCCGGUCAUCCCGGUCAUCCCGGACACCUGCACCCUGCCAUUAGCAUGUGCGAAGCCCCUCCUGGCAUGAGCGCCAGCAGCACCUAUACCACCCUAACCCCACUGCAGCCAUUACCACCCAUUUCCACCGUCUCUGACAAGUUCCCUCACCAUCAUCACCACCACCACCAUCAUCAUCCACACCCGCAUCCCCAUCAACGAAUUCCGGGCAACGUCAGCGGCAGCUUCACGUUGAUGAGGGAGGACAGGGGUCUGGCGCCCAUGAACAGUCUGUAUCCAUCUUACCAUCACAAGGAUCCUUGCAUGGGACAGAGCCUCUCCCCACUGUCCGGCUCCGGCCUGGCCAGCAUACACACUUCCCAGGCUGGUCUACCCCCCUACGCUCAUCCCGGUGCUGCCAUGCCCGGAGAGAAGAUGCUCACACCCAGUGGGUUCGAGGCUCACCACCCAGCCAUGCUCGGUAGACACACCGAGCAGCACAUGAACUCCUCGGUGGGUAUGGUCCAGCUCAAUGGUCUCCACCACCACCCGCACGCCCACAUUAGCGUACAAGGCCAUGGCCAAGGCCUAGGCAACAAUCGGGAGCAGAGUCAGGCCCCAGGGCAGCAAGGUGUCAACGGUGAUAGUUCGGGGGCCCAGAUGGAGGAGGUGAAUACCAAAGAGGUGGCGCAGAGGAUCACCACUGAGCUAAAGCGCUACAGCAUUCCCCAGGCUAUCUUUGCGCAGCGCGUUUUGUGUCGUUCUCAAGGCACCCUCUCCGACCUCUUGAGAAACCCGAAGCCCUGGUCCAAACUCAAGUCCGGCCGCGAGACUUUCCGAAGGAUGUGGAAGUGGCUGCAGGAGCCUGAGUUCCAACGCAUGAGCGCGCUCAGGCUCGCAGGUGAGCGAACCCUCGGCAAUGUAAGAGUUCAACAACCCUCUGCUGCCGCCUCGCGGUUGUCGCUUGUCAUGGCGGACGAAGUGAUGUUUUCAGAACCAUGGACAGCGGUUUCUUUAAACGCAUGCAAGCGUAAGGAGCAGGAUCAUGGCAGGGGCGAGCACGGCAGUGGGUCUAAGAAGCCGCGGCUUGUGUUUACUGAUGUGCAAAGACGGACGCUACAUGCCAUCUUCAAGGAGAACAAGCGUCCGUCCAAAGAGCUGCAGAUCACCAUCUCUCAGCAGCUGGGCCUCGAGCUGACCACAGUCAGCAACUUCUUCAUGAAUGCACGCCGCCGGAGCCUCGACAAGUGGCUGGACGACGGCUCAGGUCACUCUGCCAACUCUGGCCCUAAUGCCUGCACCAAAGCCUGAAGACACGGAAUGACUCGGUGGAAAAGCUUUACUACGAGGAAACAAGGACAACUAGACCUUGAAACAACGUUUUGCCCUUAAACCUGUACUAUACUGAUAUUUAUAGUAUCCAAAGAUGAAAAAAAAACCAAAGACUUCGUUGACCUGCUUUAAAGUUUGUUCUGCAACACAUUUUAGUCUAGCAUUCUGCAAAAAAAAAUAAUUACUCCCUUAUCACCGGUCUUACAGCUUUAUACCUCCAAUCCCAACCUGCCAUCCACCGUCCUUAUCUUUGAUCUUAUUGGUAGGUUUGGUCAUCGGUGUCUGAAUGGAGGUUUAAUCAGCCUAUCAGCAGUGUUUAUUCUGCAGAUGUCACAGGGGGCACUCCAGGUGCAAAUACCAAAAAAGAGGACCUCCAGUGGGACUAGCCAAUCAGCUUUGAGCAGGAACCCCACAGGAGUAACUGGAAUGUUUGUGCAGUGGUAUGGAUUUAUGGAAGUCUCUGUGUGUCAGGAACUCUAGGUGGAUGUCUUGACCAACAAAAAGACAGAGACUGUCCACAACAGACCACAAAACCUGCCCCAAACCCUAACUGUGGCCCUAUCCCUCUCUGUGGUGCUUUCUCCCUACAUGCUGAAACAUCGAACAUGCAAACCAAAGCUUUCUACACUUUACAUCCACCCAUGUGCGAUUUAAGCAUAGAAUCUUAGGCUAUCAAAUGCCAUGAUAUAACCAAAGAGAAGAUAUAUUUUGUUGUUAAUCAUCUAAAGAGUAUUUUUACUGCACCCCUGGACUGUUAAACACAUAGGUAUAUAAACAUAGAUUCAGACUAUCAUAGAUACUAUCACUUAUCUAUGAUAGUAUCUAUGAUGUCAUCUGUACAAAAACAACAAUCUGAUGGGUCAAUGUAAUGGGAAUUGCUCUUCAGAUUGAGAGACAGAUUUUAUUCAAUGGAGACAGUUGCCUUAUGGAGGCUGGCCUGGACUGAACAGUCAACUGAUGUGGUUUUCAAUCAUCUUUAACGAUAUAGACGGAAGAUUCUGCAUUAUAUUUCAAGAAUCUUCUGUUGAAAUGCAUUCAUGUUGCUGAGAGGUAUUUGAUCAUGUUUUCAGGGAUAGCUUAUGGAUCUAUAGUUCUAGCAAAUACUUUGAAAUGCCAGCAGCUACUAACCAAAGAUAAAUCCUUCAGUAGAAGCAUUUCUCUGUGUCUGCGCUCUAUAGUCGAGCUGUGAACAUUGUCUUUACCACCCAUGCCAGUUUCGGAUUCCAAUGUCAAUUUUAUCAACGUAUUGCCAUUACUUUUCUGGGAGCCCUUACAGACACUGUUGAGAGCAAGGACUGCGACCUUGAGCCAUCUCUUAGAGGACAAAGCGCAGCUCCAUUCUGUAAAGGCCCUAAAUCAGUCCCGGUCUCACUUACCAGCCAAGGUGUUUAUCUUCAAGUGCUUCACUUAAAAACAGUUCUGUAUAACUCAAACAGCGACUCAGAUAUUCAUCUUCAAACGAAUCUCCCCUUCGGUCUGCUUCUAUCCCUCCACUAGCCUCUAAACGUGAGAGUCGAGAGAAGGAUGAGUUCAAUGCAUUUCAGUAUUUGGGAGAAAGCACUACACUGGGCUGGCCAAGGGCGUAGGAGCACUCAAUCUAUCAGCUGGCCUCCCACCACCAUCCGCCUAUGGGCGGGGUUAACGUCUUGAUACAUGGAUAGCAGAGACAACAAUGAAGGUAGUUUGAGACAGAAGAAACAAAAGAAAAAGAAUGGAGGAAAAAAUCAUAUGUGUUAAGACCUACUGAUGUUUUAUAGUGUGAACCAAAGAUGCUACCUCACUCAAUUUCCAUUUGUGAUCUCUAUCACUUUGUUGAUACCAAAGAUAACCAAAGAUUUUCUUAAUGCACGGCCUCGACGAGUGAUGCGAAUUGAUUAUGAUGUACACCCCCCCUCCCCUCCCCCCCCCUCCUCUCCUGACCACAUCUCCACUCUUCAUUCCUGCUAUGUGUGCUCUCACUUCAUCUGCGCUCUGAUACAACUCUGUUUGGCAGACAUGCUGACUCAAUUCUAGGUGGAUAUGCUGUUGUAACUAGAGAAUAAGCAGACAUCAUAGCUGUAGGUAAACAUGAUGAUACAGCCAUGGGCAUGACCAGUUGUAUGUAUCUAUAGGCAGACAUGACCCUGAAAACUAAAGGUAGAUAUGUUGCAAUCUUUCUAAAACUCCCAGGACGAGUGCCUUGCUUGAACCAAAGUGUUAAACCACUGUUGACCUCUCACCUUUGACUCUGUGAAUACCUCAGCCUGUAGAAGGGCCACUACUGAAGAAACAAUGAUGAAUUCUCUCUCUCUUUCUCACCGUGGUGCUUUUGCCAGUGCAACCAUGCAAUGAAAACAUACCAAAGGAAUUUCUGUUGUCCACUUCUGCUGAUAAACCAAAGCUCCUUUCUCUCCUCUCUUGCCUGCCCCCACCUUCACUCGCCCCCACCUUCCCUUCCUCUCCCCUCCCCUCUCUCUCUGUAUCAUGUAGGGAGGCCCAGCACUCUGGCCGUGCAUGUCUUUACCAGUGUCUCUGAAUACCUCAUAGUAAUAAUUCCUUUGGGUUCUGCAUUUAAGAGUCUACUGUAUGCGAGUAAGGCAGAACUGAACUAGUUUGCUAAUCGUUAUUGUUACUUCACACCGCUGAAUGAUUAUUUAUUUCAAAGUUUGUUUUUUUGUGGAAGUGCUCUGUUUCAGUCAUGGAAGUUUCAGGGUUGUAGUAUGAAACUUGCAGAAGGAACAGAUACACUUUUUUUUUUUAUCAGACACUGACUUAUGCCAAUAUUAUAAUGAAGGUAGACUAUUGUUUUUACAGGGUAAAACCAAUUGCUGUGAUAAUGUGUUUAUAUUUUUCUCUUUUAUCUACUUCUGUGUUGUGAUUUGUUUUAAUUUAAUUGCAUUUUUGUAUUGUUUAACCACUGCUUUAAUUUAUGCAUUUGUAGUAAAUCUAGAUUUGUAUAUAGUAGGUUUUUGAAAAAACAAAAAGACAGUCAGUUUUAUGUUAUAGCCUUAUUUCCCAUGCUUAGAUAAUGAAGGAGCUGUUUUUAUUCUUCUUCACCUAAAUCUUAGCCGGCACUUCAAUAUGUGUUCUGAACACUGCCAGAAACCAAGACAGUUGAUUUGCCAACAAAGACAAAGUUAUACAGGAGUUACAUUGUUUAACAGUUGGCAAAAAGCAGUGUGCGUGUUUUCUAUUCUUUAAAACAAAUUAUUUUAUGGGUAUCACUGCACAUCCAAAGAUUUUUAAAACAAACCAAAAAGAGAAAAAAAUGAGAAAAUAUGUAUAAUGUUAAAAAAGCACUGGCAUUCGUGAGAUAGACCUGUUGAGUUUUGAUUUGCCAUUCGCACGGGUAUAGAAUGUAGAAGGCGUAGGAUUCUGUAGACAAACUUACUCUACCAUGUGGGGAAUCUCCUGUUUUAAUGUACAAUCUGAAGCAUUUGAAAUGAGGGCUGCAAGUCCUGCUCACUUUGCCGUCUCAUGCACAGAGUGGGGUGGAGUGUAGGCAGGGCAGCCGGUCUGCCAGGGGUGGUGCCACGGAGCUGGGUCUGUUUUUAUUCCCGUGGCAUCGCAGCCUAGCUCCAUCAAGUAUCUGUUCUUUUGGUACGUACUCGUGUAAUGACAAUGAGCAAAGUCUAAUAAAUCUGCAAAGAACCGUA